AUGGAUUUUUUCUUGAGCAGGUUCAAUAGACUGAGGGCGCCUUCGAAGGACCAGCCACAUGAGGUUGCAGCCGAAUUAUCUCGACGCGUUCACAAGAUGAGAGCACAACUUGCUAUCCUUCGUGAAAGCAUAGGAAUGCAAAAUCAGUCAUUCUUUGAUCGGAUGCAUGGACUUUUAGUGAAAGAACACGAUCGCUCGCUUGAAAACUUGCGAAGAAAACAUGGUUAUAACAUUGCAGAAUCAAAUCGGAAAUAUCAGAUGGAGCUUGUUUCUCUCUACUCACUCAUUUUGCAGGACCUUCGAGGAUUGAUAGAUACAAUGACUCAAAGUUUCACAGAAAACAAGCUUAGAAGCCAUUUUGGCCUGAGGAAGAGCGAAAUGUCUGACGGUUCCACUUGUUCUUCAAGCGGACUGAGCAUCGAUGACGAUGCGCCUGAUUCCAUUCUAGACCCAAUAUCUUUUAGCAUUUUCCAAGAUCCAGUGGUGACUCCGGAAGGGAUUACGUACGAGAGAUCUAUCCUCCUUGACUAUCUUCAUAAGCAUCGCAAUCAGGAUCCUAUAACAAAGCGCACUAUUGCGGAAAAAGAUCUUGCACCAAAUUUGGCUGUGAAAGCUAUUGUGACAGACUAUUUGAGAUCAAAACAAGUAAUGCCUAUUUAG